AUGCCCGCUACGCGCGCAACAAGCAAGCUGCCCCAUCGCCAUGAUCCCUUUCCCGAAGUUCAUCGUAACAAACGCAAGUCCAACUCACCUCAGCCACAAGUCCCCGCUUCUGACGACGUGAUUGUUCUGUCUUCGUCAGACGACGAGGCAAGACCCGCGAAGAAGACACCCAAUAACAAAAUAAUGGCGGCUUCUAACAAACAUCCCAAAUCCACGCUACAGUCAACGGAAGUGAUUGAGAUUUCGGAUGACGAGGACUACCCUGUUGCUCCGGUGAAGCCUUCGAGAAACUUGAUGAAGAUUGCGGAACUACAGAGUCAGAUAGAGACUUUGAAGGAGAGUAACACUCGGAUGGGGAAGGAAAUCGAAAAUUAUCAGAGCCUUCUCGACGAGACUAUGGUGGAGAAGGAUAUGCUGUCCAACCAGGUCGCCGAGCUACAUCUCCGCCAAGAACCACCAUCCAUUUCUAUCAACCCUUCUGAUCUCGAAGACCAAAUUAACUGCGAGAUAUGCACCAUGAAGAUGUGGCGGCCUUAUCUGCUGCCAGAAUGCGGUCAUUCAUUCUGCGAGUCGUGCAUCCAGGAUUGGUUUAGUACUAUCCUUGCGCGGCACAUACAAGCCCACCCCGAAUAUAAUGCCAAUAAUCACAGGCAAAACGUACCCGCGCAUAUCCGCCAAAUGAUGCCGUAUGCGGAAUACCACCCCCAGGUGCAACAAAUGCUUGCGCAAUAUAACCUACAGAACCCACAACCAGAGUAUAACUGCCCGACGUGUCGCGUCGAGGUGAAGUCACGACCGAUCGAAGAUUUUGCGCUCAAGGCCAUCGUGCGGGUCGUUGCUAAGGCGCAAGGCGAGGUCAGCCCACAGAAGCCUGUCUCAACGUCAAGCAACAAGAAAGGAAAGCGUCGCGCCCCCCAAAAGACCCAGAAGAGCGUGUGGGACCCAUAUUUUCCCCCCUCAUGA